AUGGACACUGACGAUCUGAUUGAUUCUACACUCAUACCCGACGAGAACGAUACGCUGCUGGUGCUCAAUGUGUCGGACAACCAGCUCAUCCAUCUAUCUGAAUCGAUUGGCAACUUGGAAUUGCUUCGCGAGCUUCUGGUGGCGAAUAAUCGUAUCACUACACUUCCUAUCCAGCUUGCACGAUGUGUGAAUCUACGUAAGCUCGACUUUCGCUGCAAUCGCCUUACGGUGAUACCGAGACGACUGCAAAACCUGCGCGUGCUCAAUGUCGGCUACAACAAGCUUACGCAGUUACCAUACACAUUGUGUGAUUGUUCAUCACUGGAGCAGGUAGAUUGCGAAGGAAACGAAGAUUUGAAAGAUAUUCCCGAUGGCUUACGCAAUAACACAAAGCUUAUGCUGUGGAUUUGCAGCACAGUUAAGCGGCAUCACAUGGAGAUUUCAGAGCUGAUUGAGAUCAAUGAAAAUUUGGAACGCAUGGCGCGACUUUGCGAUGAGGAGCGGUUUCAACUUUGUGAACGAAUUGCUGACUUGCAGAGUAAGAAAGAUGCGCUGGAAAAUGAGCGACCACGGAAUUAUUUGCUCGUCAAGAAGCAUGUAAUGCGUGUCACCUCUGAGCAAGAUGCUUUGGACGAAGCUUAUCGCCGCCAUAAACAAUACUUUCAGGAUUUUCUGGAGGAUGAGGGAGGAUAUGGAAAUUACUCAGAAAAGCUGCAUAGUAUGAUGCACCAAAAGAGCUCGCGACUCGUUGUGGAUCUAAAUGAUCUUCGCGAGUAUGAUUCAUCUUUUACAGAUCCAGCGGUAGGCAGUCAGGACAAUAUUGUUAGCCGUAUACUGCGCCGACCCGCCGAAUUUAUACCACCUUUUGAAGAAGCCAUCAAGGAGAGGGUAUUUAAUAUCGACAGCUUGUAUGGUAGCAAGGAGGCUGAAAGUACCAAGGACAUGCAGUUUUAUGUGGGUUUUGAGGGCGACUUUGGUCACCACAACGUAAAUCCGCGAGGUCUCUUGGCUUCAUAUCUCACUCAGAUGGUUUGUGUCCACGGAAUUGUGACCAAAUGCUCGGCUGUGCGACCGAAAGUUGUGCGAUCUGUUCACUACUGUAAAGAGACCAACGCUAUUUUGUCGAGAGAAUACAGAGACAACACAUCGAUCACAGGAGCUCCAACAUCGAGUGUGUACCCUACGAAAGAUGAAAGUGGCAAUUUACUGGAGACAGAAUUUGGUCUUUCACAGUAUAAAGACUACCAGAUGAUCAGUAUGCAGGAAACACCCGAAACAGCACCUUUAGGGCAACUUCCACGCUCGUGCGAAGUGAUUGUAGAGAACGACAUAGUAGACAAGUGUAAGCCGGGUGACCGUAUCCGAGUUAUUGGUAUCUAUCGCCCGCUUGGAGGGAACAGCACGGCUGCAUCUACUGCAGUCUUUCGGACUGUGCUCAUCGCUAACAACAUUCAGCUCAUGGGUAAGGAAGUGAACGGUAUUGUCAUGUCAUCUGGAGACCUUGUAAACGUCCGUGAAUUUGCCAAGCGUAAAGACGCGUUUGAAAUGUUGUCGCGCUCGAUUGCACCGUCAAUCUAUGGUCACGCUGAGAUCAAACAAGCGCUCCUGCUUCAAUUACUCGGUGGUGUUGAAAAGAAUUUAGAGAAUGGCACACAUCUUCGUGGCGAUGUGAAUAUCUUAAUGGUAGGCGAUCCAUCGACGGCUAAGUCCCAGCUUUUGCGCUUCGUAAGGACAAUUGCGCCUCUAGCUGUCAAUACAACCGGUCGUGGGUCGUCUGGUGUCGGUCUUACAGCUGCUGUGACGACUGAUCCUGACACGAAGGAACGUCGUUUAGAAGCUGGUGCCAUGGUUUUAGCUGAUCGAGGCAUCGUAUGUAUCGAUGAGUUUGACAAAAUGAGCGAAGCUGAUCGUGUGGCAAUUCACGAAGUUAUGGAGCAACAGACAGUGACGAUAGCUAAGGCGGGCAUUCACGCUACAUUAAAUGCACGUUGCAGUGUGCUAGCGGCUGCUAAUCCCGUGUACGGUCAGUACAACAAAAAUAGAAAGCCACAGGAAAACAUCGGAUUGCCAGACUCGCUUCUGUCGCGUUUUGACUUGCUGUUCGUGGUGCUUGACCGUCUCGACCGCGAUGCUGACCGUAAUAUUUCUGAUCACGUCCUGCGUAUGCACCGGUAUACUUGUCCGGGACAGGAGGGUGUGCCUCUGUCGUUUGAAGUAAGCUCUACAGAUCAUUUGGCUCUGCUCAGCGAGGUGUCAGGUGACGAGUCAAAAAAGUCGAUUUUUCAAAAAUUUGACCCUCUUCUUCACGGCGGGCAUCAGUCUUCGUCAUCCGGUGGGAGUGGAAACGGCAUUCUCACGCUAGAUUUUCUCAAAAAGUACAUUUAUUACGCAAAGACGCGGUACCAACCCGUAUUGACAGAUAGUGCGAUUGAGUUAAUUUCUGAAGGAUACGCAGAGCUUCGUUCGCAUCAAAAUGCGCGGACCUUGCCCGUGACGGCACGCAGUCUGGAAACGCUAAUUCGUCUUGCCUCCGCACAUGCAAAGGCUCGAUUAAGCAAGACCAUUGAAGUUGUAGACGCCGAAAAGGCCAUAUCGCUGAUCAGCUUCGCUCUGUAUCACGACGCAUCUGAGCCUCUCUCGAAAAAUGCACCGUCAAGGCCGGAGGAAACUCCCGAAGUAGAACGAAGUAGCACUUUGAAGUCAAUGGCAGAGCUGGAGAUUGGAACAUCUGUGACGCCAGAUCGGCCUGUAGACAUGUCGAAAAAACGGGAUCGAGGGUCAUGGAGCACUGCUGUGCUUGCAGACGAUGUCUUGAGUGUAUUGUCGGAACUAGGCACUGACAUGAAUGAGGAUGAAGAAAACGAUAGCAUCAAGCUAACGGACAUCUUGUCAAGGCUGAAUGUUGGUCGGUCCAAAGGCGACACAGUUCCGCUUGCUGAGUUAGAAAAAGUCUUGGUUGAUCUUGAGGAGCAGAAUAAGGUCAUGUAUAUCCAGGAUGGUGGUGAUCCGAUGGUCAUGCUUAUUUAG